AUGGCCGCAUGGACCGGUGGUGUGGUGGGCAGGUGGUGGAAGCGUAGGGGUGCGGCCUGGACAACGCUGGCGGUGGUGCUGUUCCUCGAGGGCAGUCUGGUUUUUGGCGCCGUACUGCCGCUCGGCGCCCUCGAUUCGGUCUCGGGCGCGGUGGCCGUGCUCGCCCUCCAGCUGCUCGUGCUGCUCAUGCUCGCCUCGGGGAUCAUCGUCACCUCGGCCGACCCCGGCUACGUGCCCCUCCAGCCCGCCUCUGCCGGCGACGACGAGGAGAGCGAGGAGCAGGCGGCGGUGGAGGGUGGCGGGGCGGUGACGGCGGGGAGGAUAUCCCUGUCCGAGUUCCUGACGUCGCACGAGCGCGAGUGCUCGUUCUGCUGCGCGCCCAAACCGCAGAGCGCGCACCACUGCUCACUGUGCCAGCGGAAUAUGAAGGCGUUCUCUCUCUUUAUCGUCUACGCCCUGCUCUGCGCGUUGAGCGGCUUCGCCUUUUUUGUGGCUCGCGCCGAAGCCGACCACACCGAGGAGUACUUGGCCUGGGCGGUUGCGUUGACCGUCGCCAAUCUCGGCCUCCUCGCAUUUGUCAUCGUUGCCACGACCUGGCUAUGCGUCCGGCAUCUGCGGGCCAUCCUGCGCAAUCAGACCUUUCUCGAGAUCCUACUCAACAAGCCUCCAGAGCACAACCCGGGUCCGCUGGCCAACCUCAAGCGAGUGUUUGGCGACGAGCCGUGGCUGUGGCUGCUGCCCUCCCUCGCCACCGGUCCCCCGCCCACAGAAAGCCACGAUAGCGCGCGCUUUGUACAUACCGCCAGCGGACCGAGCCCCGCCACCGCCACGCUGGGCCACCACCACCACGACGACGAAGAGGCACCCCUCGCCGGCAGCUCCUCCCUCAACUCCUGA